AUGAUCAGUAGCAUCGUUCUUGGAGCGGACACCUCUGCGACAGGUUAUUUAUCUGCCGGGCUCCUCACGUGCGUCUGCUUGGCUGUGCGCUGCUGCGUGUGCGGUAAAGGUCUGGCGCGCGAGCGGCCGAUCGAGGCCACAGUUGCCGAGAUCCGCGGCAUUCUGCAGGAGUGGGAUGGAGACACUGCCGUCUUCUUUUACACCUCUUGGGAUACAAGCAGCAGGCACCUUUUGGGUCUGUGGGGCCAGGCGGCUCGCUUCUUUUCGGCCGCUUCGCCUCCAGAGGAUGAGCCUCGCAGCUCCAGACUCCUCGACGUGUGGCGUCGCUUUGUGCCGCCACUCGGAGCUGUGCAGCUUCGGCGCUUCGACUGCGAAAAGAGCGGCGACGCCCGCAAGCUGUGCCGUUCACUGAGGCUUCCCUUCCUCCCUGCAGCGCUCUUCUUUUCCUACGGCCCUCUGCGCGAAGAACCCGACAAACUGGGGAGGCGGCCACUGUUCGACGAAGAAGCAGACAGUUCCAUGCCUCUGAGGUGUGCUCGGUUCAAAGGCGACUUGUUCAUGUACGACGCCCUGCUGGACUGGAUCCAGAUGAUGCGGCGAGUGUCGUAUGCGCAGCGCGUCUUUUCGUCAAAGCAAGAGCCGCGUGACCAAUCUUGUGAGGCAGGCGCUUCGUCGCCCGCCGAAGACGAACUAGCCAGGUGUCGAGAACAGUUGAAGAAGCUGGAAUCCGAGAACCAAACGCUUCGCAAAGACGUUCGGCGUCUCCAGGGGUCCACGCAGCUCGAGGCUGCGGACGAGGACGAUCGGCGAGAGUCAAGCUGA